AUGAUAGACAUUUUUGCCGCCCUACGUUACUCGGAGGAGAGGCAAAUUACUUUUGUGGUUUUUCAACUCGAAGGGGCCGCUCACUCUUGGUGGAGCAUUAUUCGGACAAAAUGGGAGCGAGAGCAGACACCGAGGACAUGGACGAAUUUUGUACGGGAAUUCAAUGCCAAGUACUUUCCGCCAUUGGUUCAGGAGAAAAAGGAGGACGAAUUUAUUCGUCUACGCCAAGGCACGCAAUCGGUGGCUGAAUAUGAGAGCCAAUUCACACGCUUGUCCAAGUUUGCCCCUGAGCUCAUUUUGACGGAGCAAAGGAGGGCGAGACGUUUCCUUCAGGGGCUUAAUGUGGAAAUCCAAAAGGAUUUGGCCGUAGCCCAAAUCACCACUUUCAGUGAUGCUGUUGAGAAGGCAUUACGAUCCGAGAACGCAAGGCUUCAGGUGAGGAAUUUCCAGAAUAGGAAGGGUGGAGCUGCUGGGAGUAGCUCAACUCAAGGGGAUAAGAGUACCCCUCCUAAAUUUGGAAGGGGAGUUGGAGGGGGACGGUUUGCGAGUCCGGCCAGAGGGGCUCCCUCUCGAGGAAGCCAACCCGGACGAGGCCAGCAGAGGAGUGCCUCACAAGGGAGUUCCGCUACUGUUACGCGGGGGCCGUGCGGCUUUAGUGGGAAACCAAACCACACGGAGGACGACUGCUGGAGGAAACAGAAUAAGUGCUUACGCUGCGGGAGUGCAGAGCACCGGCUCGCCAGUUGA